AUGCCUUCGGUAGACGUCGUCAUGGCGCGCAGCCUCGGCCGAGGCGCCCUGCAGCAAUUCCAGGCCGCCUUUGCCCGGAGCACCGCGCCCGACAUGGCCAGAAGAGAUGUCCUCGUCGAUGCUGCCGACCGGGUCUAUGAUGUUAAGACGGCCUUUUCCAGCUGGGACAGUUGCAUGCGCGCUGCCUUUUGCAAAUGGCCCGUCAUUGCCGUCAUCAUCGUCGGCGGCCUCCUCCUCAUCAGCAUUGCCUGGUGCAUCAUUCGCCGCCUCUGUUGCGGCCUCGCCUGCUGUUGCAGCUGCUUCCAGUGCCUCAGGUGCUGCGGAAACUGCUGCGGCUGCUGCGACGCUCCCGGGCGAAAGAAGCACAAAUACCUCGACGAACCUUACAUCCCCCCCGACCACGGCUACCAGGCACAGGCUCCCAUGCACGCCCCCCCGGGGGCCCAGAAUCCACCCCAGUACGCUGAGUUCGACGUGCCCCGCAAGGGCGGCGAGGACUCGCUCCCCGAGAUGCCCAGCUGGGAGUCGGGGUCUUCCAAAAAGGUCAGGCUCGACGACGAAGUCGAGAUGGACCAGUUGAACAAGUCAUCCACGGGAACGACCGCCCCGGCCAGUCACAUGGGCGCAGGCUCAAUCAGCCCGCAUGGGCCCCCCGGCGCCAGCCCGACUGGCUACAUGUCCCAUCACGCCCAGCAGACCCGAAAUGGGUACGGACAACUGUCUCCUGGCCUACGUCGGCAGAACACGGGUCUAUCUUCCCCCAUGGAUCAGCGUGGAUAUCAUGACUACGCCUCCAGUCCCGACCCCAACGGCUACGGCUACGAGCAACCCUACCCUGGUUAUGCUACCCCCGGCGCUGCUGCCCACGGACAACAACAAGGAUUCGCAGCAGAGCCCGCCUACCCGGGUUACCACGACCAGCAGCAGUCUUUUGGGGGACCGCCCGCCGGAUAUGGCAUGAGGCGGCAGGGAACGGGCGACAGUGUCGGCAGGAUGGGCGCUCGCACCCCGUACGGCACGGAUCCCCGCUCCAGGGCAUCACCCGGCCCGAGACAGACACAGACACCGAGACCUCGAGGAGACUACCAAACCAUCCAGUCACCGAGAGCCACGCCGGCCCCUCGUGAACCGGGCUACGGGCAACCGAGCUACGGGCCUGCAGACUUUGAGUAUCCCGGGGCACACCACUCUCCGCCCUCAGGCUGGCCCGCGCAGAACCACGUGCCAGAGUCGGCUCCGCAGUCGCCCAUCACCAACAAUGCCGGCUUCGACUUUACGUCUGGCUAUGCCCGUCCUCAGCCUCAGGGCUACGACGACCGUCGCCCCAGCGAAAGCGCCAAGUCGUCGGCGCAGGAGUUGUAUCCGGGGUAUAAGCCCUAUCAGCCCGCUUAA